AUGGCCGCGACACAGUCUGCAAAGGCCAAGACGGCCGUCAAGUCCAGCAAUGGAAAUGCAAAGGCAAAAACACAGAUGCACCGCCGGUCGCGCACAGGCUGCUUUACCUGCAGAUUAAGACGAAAGAAGUGCGACGAGGGCACCCCCAUGUGCACAGCAUGCAAGCACCUUGGUCUGCAGUGCGAGUACAAGCGACCGAUGUGGUGGAGCAACAACGAUGCGCGCCGCCGGCACAAGGAAGACAUCAAGAACAUCAUCAAGCGCAAGAAGCUCGCGGAGAAGUCGUCACACCCCAUCCAGACCUCGGUCUGCUCUCCGCCGGGCCUCUCGCACUCGCUGCCAACCUCGGCCACCUUCACGGACCCCAUGGAUCGCACGAGGUCUGCUUCCAUCGACUCACACUUCUCGGCCGGCUUCAACUUCAACAGCCCGCCCAAUGGCGCAGACUACGGCGUCUACACCGCUCAAAUCCACCCAGACUUUCUUCUCAAUGGCUACUCGCCGUAUGAGAUCGAUGUCAAGACGGAGCGGCAGAUGUUCGUCAACGACGUGCCCACGCUGAAGGAGUCCCAUGUCUCGACCUUUAGCACCUACCACACUCCACCGCCCCCAGGAACCGUCCUGCCCUCUGGACCACUGGAUGGUGCCUGGACUGAGCACAUCCACCACGAGAGAAAGGAGUCACUAUCUGAGGAGGCCCUCAACGUGAACUUCUUCGACUUCUCCCACGGCCCCCAUGAUAGCACCGGGCAGAUCCGCAUCGAGCUGGAGGAGCACGACCAGCGCCUGCUGGAGCACUUCAUCCAGUUCGUCUUGCCAACAAUCUUCCCCAUUCUUGAGUCUAACCAACAUGGCUCCGUCGGGUCCGACCUGAUCCUUCCCGCGCUUCAGUCCAACAGUGUCUACCUGCACUGCUGCCUUAGCAUCGCGGCCCAGCACCUCAAGACACAUGCCAAUGUCUCGGGCGAUGAGAUUGACAAUGACAUCAUGCGCCACCGCUAUGCCACCAUCUUCUCGCUGUGCGAGGCCCUCAAGCGUGACGAGAACCACCAGCAGAUCCUUGAGGCCACCCUGGGGCUCAUCUUCUUCCAGUGCAUCGUCGGCCGCUUUGACGAUGGCCUGCUGGAUAUUGCCUGGCACCAGCACUUUCAAGCCGCAAUUAGCCUCGUUCAGAAGCUGGAGCUGCCUCGUCUCGUCUCGGACGCCACCAACGAGAUGACACGGACACCCUUCAACAUGACUCUGACCGGGUGGAUCGACAUCCUCGGUGCCACCAUGCAAGGCACUUCUCCCACGUUUGCCCACACCUACCGCGAGAAGCAUCUGUCGCAGAACAACCACCAUCUGGGGCUGCGCGAGCUCAUGGGCUGCGAGGACCGCGUCAUGUAUCUCAUCUCGGAGAUUGCCUGCCUUGAGUCGCUGAAGCGUGACGGCAUGGACGACUUUACUCUGUGCCAGCACGUUUCCGCGCUUGGGGAGCAAAUCAGCAUGAUUGAGGGAAGUGACACGUGCCCCAAGAGCCCCUUCAAUGUCAACGGCAGCCUGUCCCCAAAGCAGCUCUCCAAGAACAUCACCAACGCAUUCCGUCUUGCUGCGCGCAUCUACCUGUGCAGUCUGGUCCCCGGCUUCAACCCCAGCCAACCUUCUCCAAUGGCCUUGGUUGACAAGUUGACGACGGUGCUUCAGCACAUUCCUUCUGGGCCGGAGGGCUUCGACCGCAGCUUGGUCUGGGUCUAUCUGAUUGGUGGUUCCAUCAGUCUCCCAGGCAGCAGCUUUCGAGCGCUGUUCGAGGACCGGGUUGCCCAACUUGGUCAGCAGGCUACAUGUGGCUCCUUUGGGCGCAUGGUCACGGUUCUGCGCGAGGUGUGGAUGCGGAACGAUGCACUAUCGCAAGCCAGCACCCCCGGCUCCUCGGGGUCGGAUGCGGGGCCGCAACACAUCCACUGGCGGGAUGUCAUGCAGAUGAAGGGGUGGGACUUCCUCCUGAUAUAG